AUGCUACGAACUCUUCUAAUCAUUGGACGUAACUUUAGACCAAUUACUCCCUUUAUGUCUGUAUACUUAGUUGAAGAAAAAGGGUUCACAACUAAAGAUAUUGUUGAUCGGAUUAUACCUUGGUGGCUUUAUUCUAUGCUUAUCUUCUCUUUGAUAGUACCUGUGCUAGUUAAUCAGCUGGGUUUGUUAGGGAGUAUUAGUCUUUCGGUUUUAGGUGAGUUAUUAGGAACUGGUUUAUUAAUUGGGAUGAAGAAAAGGUCUUUGAUAAUAACGGUUGUUGUGGAGAUAUUAAGUGCUCUUAGGUCCAGUAUGAUUGUGGCUGAUAAGAGGUUUUAUGGGGAGAGUAAUCAGGAUCGGGCCAAUCGUUAUAGUACUAUUAGAAAAAUCGCUGGGAUGUUCUCUUCCUUUGUAGCUCAGAAUACGUACUGUAUUUCCGGUGGGUGUUUACCGGCUCUGUACUUGACGAUAAUGGCUCAGGGCUUGGUUUUAGGACUGACUUUGCUCUUACCGAAAGAGGCAGAUAGUGUGGUGGCUACACCAGUGAGUCUGUCGGGAAUAAGUCCGGGGUUAUUAGCGAAGGUCUUUAGUUAUACGGGGGCCUUUACAUUGAGUUCUUGUUUUAAGAUUUACAUUGAUGUAGUACUGAUUGAAAGGACGGGGCAGGUGGGAAGGUGUGAUCGGAUGAUUAAGGUGAUGUUGGAUAAGGUGAGCUAUGUAUUUUAUAUGGUAUCUUUGGGUUUGGUUAAGUUGAUUGGGAUGGUAGAUAAGAAAGUGAAGGUUUUAGGAGUGGUCAAUCGGGAUAAGGCCUUGCACGGGUACAUGGAAGGGAUGACUAAGAUUGCUGCGGCAGUUUUAGCUAUGCCUUUAGUGCGGUGGACGGGGAAGAACUAUGCCUAUACGGAGGGAUUAUGUGUGAUCUCUUGGAUUAUGCAAGUAGUUGGGAUUGUAGCUUUGCGGCACUCGAAUAGUCUGAUGCAUGGGUAUGUUUCUUAUUUACUGUCUUUUUGGGGGUCGAGUAUGACUAUCUACAUUUCUUAUAAUCGCAUUAACGAAAUGGCCAAGGAGCAUGUUAUUACUAUUAUAUCUUAUGUUAGUGGAGUGUCCUGUGCUGUGCAUGCUAUUAUAGACUUGGUGGCUCGAAAGAAGAACUUAAGAGCGGAACGUCGGUUUAUGUUGUAUGCUAAGCUGGGCACGGGUUUAUUUGGUUGUGCGGCUAUUUGCUCUAUGAUUGAGUAUGUCCAGCGCUAA